AUGGCCUGCUUCGGCGAGUGCGUGGAGGGCGGCCCUCCCCCGGACAGCAUCAUGCAGAUGCCUCCGCCGCCGCCACUGCCUGCAUUUUAUCCGGUUGACUCCGGGAACGAAUCGACGCAAACGCCCUGCCUGUCGGCGAUGAUCUGCCAGGUGGCGGCGUCACUGGCUCCGGUCAUACCCGAUGUAGAGAUAUCUAGGCAAAAUUUACCAGUAAUUCAACAUUCGUGGCUACUGAUAGCAGUAUCAUCAGGUUUCGGAGUGCUUUUGUUAGGAACUCUACUAGCAAUAUUUUUAUUGAAAUUCAGAAUGGCCUUUACGAUACAGUACGUGGACGGCGGUUCGAACAAGCGCGCCCCUCUGACUUCGAACGGCUCUUCAAUGAAGGACCGCCCUUUGAUAUCCGCCGAGGAGUCCUCCUCAUUGUAUCCGUGCGGCGGAAGCUCUUCGUCGGGAAGUAAUGUUUUACAGGAUCCAGAAAACAGAGUCCUCUGGACAGCCCUCACGCCCAGUGGCACCCGCCACUUCAUAUCGGAUCACGGCUACUCGGCCAACGAGAACCCCUACGAAUCCGUCGAACAUUUCGGCCUAAAACCGAAUUCGGGUUCCGGCGAAGGCGCCAAAUUGGACUGGAACCACCACAUCGGAGAUGGCUACAGCGAGGACAACUAUUACGAAACUAUAGAUAAUUAUAAUUUAACAUCGGCUGUCGAUAGAUACGACGUCGAUUAUUCGAGGAGCACGCCUGAGAAGACGCAGAAAUCUAAAAGGGUCAUGUACUAUUUGUGA